AUGAGCUGGAACCACGCGGCGGCGGCCGCGGCCGGGAGGGUCUCGGCGAGGACCACCGCCAGCCGCGGGUUCGCGAGCGCCGGCGGCGGCCGCCGCGGACGUAGGCCCGCGGCGCCCCAGCCGUGGUCGUGGGCGUGGCUGCGGGGGCUGUGGCGCGGAGAGCCGAAGAAGCAGCGGGGCGCCGCGAAGAGGCCGGGGAGGCGCGCGGCCGAGGGCGACGGCAAGGUCUCGCCCGGCGACGCCGCUCCCUCGUUCGUCGACCCCAAUGUGGCAGCGCUGGAGAGCGGCGGGGGAACGGCCGGCGAGGAGGACGCGCCGUCGGGGAUCUGCCUGCAUCAAGACCUCGACACCGCGCGCGUACAGGCCAAACUGAAGCCUCUGCUCUCAAGGGCCAGACUAAUCAUUACCAGGAAAGUAGAAUGGGCAAGUAUCAUGUUUGCAUACGCGCAGGAGACUAGAUACAUCAUAAAGGAUCCACGCACUCCUCGGAGAAAAACUUCUGUGGGUUUAAUUCGAGAGAAAAGCAACGUCAUCCUUAGGCAGCUACUUUGGACAAGGCGACCAUUCGUUGCAGAAUUUACUGAUGCCAAGGGUAAUGAGAUAUUCACGGUUCGCCGGCCUUUUAGGUGGAUCAACAGCUCCAUUUAUGCAGAAGUGGAUGGCAAGGAGGUAGGUGUAGUCCACAGUCGUUGGCAUCUUUGGCGUAGAAAUUAUGACUUGUACUUAGGGAAUAGGCAGUUUGCUGUGGUGGAGAAUCCUGGAUUUUGGAGCUGGUCCUUUACCCUGCUUGAUGAGGAUGAUAAUUUAGUAGCCAUAAUUGACCGCAAGGUUAGGGGAGUUGGUUGGGAGUGCAUGCAGCACUUCACGAAUGCUUCCCAGUAUGAAGUUCGGUUUGGUGAUGCUGGAAAAGGCACCGAUAAAGUUUUUUGUUUCGCUAAAGAUAUCCAGAACGACCUUCGCGUGUUUCUCCCGCUGGAUUUACCCGAGAGGGCUGUGGCUCUUGCUCUUGCAGUGUCUCUGGACCAUGACUGCUUCUCCAGGAGACGAUUGGGCUGGGUUCUUCGCCUUUUAGGAGCAUGA